CUGCAACGCGCCUGCGACAGCAUGCUUGCGCGCCCUGCGACUGGUGCUCCCCGACUCCCCCGAUAACCGCAUCGCGCCUGCCCUCGACAUGGACGGCAUCCAGGCAACCUCGUCCGCCGCGCCCGCCGACGCCGCCCUCGUGCACGCGCGCCCGACCGUCGCCGACCUGCACGGCGAGAACCACUUUGCGCAGGUGGCUCGGAAGAACUGGCUCGCUGCAAAGAAGCCGCCCAAAGUGCGCCCUGAGGUCCUCAAGAAAGAGCUGUGGGACGAGCUGGAGAAUGUCGACUUUGCCUACUCGUCGCUGCUGGUGCUGGAGAACCUGCAGCUGCUGGAGCGCUAUCUGUGGCCAGGCUUCACCGAGGACGCCUCUAACUACCACCAUCUCCUGCUGGCGCUGAUGGUCAAUGUCAAGAGGAGGGAGAAUCUGCCGUCGUGGGAACACUUCACAACCCAGCCCGCCGAAUUCUCCUCGUUCUUUCGCCGCAUUCUGUCCAUGACCGUCGACCCCUCGCAGCCUAUGAAGGUGCGGACGCAGCUGGUUUCCUUCGUCAUCGGCGCAUUCCAGUCGCUGGACAGCGGUCUCGUGCGCAAAGAGUGUGCGCCUCUCGUUGGCAUAUCCGUAUGGCACAACCUGCACUCGGACGUAGUGCGCGAGCACCACUUUGAGGAGCACCAGAUGCUGCGCAAGGCGUGGCGCGCCUCGGCCAAGAGAUACGAAGCUGCAGACGAGACACUACAAGCCCGGCUGCGCUUCGAGCGGUCCUGGCUAUACACACUGGUCCUGGACUUCAUAGAUCGCAUGUACAACAGCAGCACGAAGCAAGAGAUGAGCGACAAUCUGGUCUAUUGCGAGCGUUUUGUGGAGCUCCUCACCGACCUGCAAAGUCAACUGCCAACCAGGAGAUAUGUCAACACGCUGUUGAAGGAUCUAAAUCUGCUGCCCGCCAUCAGACUAUCGCCCAUGUUUGCAGAUGAGGACAACGGCCUCUUCCGCGAUCUGUUCAGUCUGCUCAGUCACUUCACCCACUUCGCAAUCGAGGAUCAGACCGGCAAGCAGCUGUCGAAGCUGGAAUACGACCAGCAGCACUACGACACCCUAGCGAAGUUGCAACGGAUAGGCUAUGGAGCGUAUCAAGAAAAGCUGCAACUGAUGGCUCUGGCAAACUUCGGCAGCAUCGGAAAUCGCGAGGAGCUUGACGGGCAUUUGCGCGCACUGGAUGACGACGAACUUAAAGAACUCUGCUCCCUCAUGGGUCUUCGAACGACAUACCCCAGCACUACCUUCUUGGUGCGUGACCGGACUUUCCACAUGGAAACUCUCGUCUCGCUGGUCGAGCAGAGGCCUAUCUUCAAGGACACUAUCCGCGACAUGUCCGUCCUGCCGACAGAAAAGAUUCUCUAUGAGACCACCUUCCUGCGAAACGAGUCAUACAACGGAUCAAGACCUCUCGCAAUACCAAAGCUGAAUCUGCAAUAUCUCACAAUGGGCGACUUCCUGUGGAGAUCGUAUAUCUUGUACCGCGCCGAAUCAUUCUACGGUAUUCGGAAAGAUAUGGAGGAUGUGGUCAAGCGCGUGCAGCCGCGAGGGAAGGGCGUCAACAUAAAGUUUGGUGGCUUUUCCAGGAUGUCGAUACCCAUCAACGCGCCAGGCAUCGUCGAUGUUGCACCCUCCAAAGUUGGCGAAGAGCAUCCUGCUUAUGUGCGCGCAGAGAUCGUUCUAGACGUCAGUCGUUUGCAAAUUCCAGUGCGCAGAGAGUGGGAGUCUUUGAGGCCGGGCGACGUGGUGUUCCUCCUUACCGUGGAAGGCAAGGACGAUGCACCCAUGAGCAACGGCCACAGUGCGAGCACAGGUGAACAAGCUGGUCUCCAGAGGCUGAGGUGUGCACAGGUUGUCCAAGUGCUGGACGACAACGGCAGACCUUUGCGCGACCAGACACAGAACGGCGACUUUGCACCUCGUGCACGGUCACGACGACUUGUCGUCCACAUCGAUGCAAAGCAAUAUCAGACCGACAUGGAUCACGUCGCCGAGGGCCGUCCCAACAUCUACGAGCACAUCAACAUGAUCGCUCGCCGAAAGGGGCGAGAGAACAACUUCCUUCCCAUUCUCGAGUCAAUCAAGCGUCUGACUCUGUCCGACAUUCCAGCCCCGUCGUGGCUGCAGGAAGUCUUUCUAGGUUACGGGGAUCCUGCGUCCGCAACCUACGCCCGCCUACCCAAUCGCCUCCAGUCUAUUGACUUCCGGGACACUUUCCUGAACUGGCAGCAUCUAGUCGAAUCUUUGCCUGGAAAGACAAUCGAGCCUGCAGACGAUGCACAGGGUGCGUUUGGACCACCAUACGUCGUCAAGUACCCUGCAGCUGCAGAGCCAGCAGCCGCGCCGGCCAAACCAUCCAAGAAGCGGCGUCGUGAUCAGGUCGAGGUGCCGCAGCCUGCACACGAGUCCCUGCAUGUCUCCACAUACAAGCCGCCGAACAUGGGUCCUUACCCUGCAGAUGCCAUCAAGCAGAACGCAGUGAGAUUCACCCCUGCGCAGGUCGAGGCCAUCACUUCUGGCACCCAGCCUGGUCUUACGGUGGUACUCGGCCCGCCGGGAACCGGAAAGACGGACGUUGCGACCCAGAUUAUCUCCAAUAUCUACCACAACUUCCCGGACCAACGAACAUUGCUUAUUGCGCACAGCAAUCAGGCGCUAAACCAGCUGUUCCAGAAGAUCGUCGCACUCGAUAUCGACGAGCGACACUUGCUGCGUCUUGGCCACGGAGAGGAGGACCUUGACACUGAAGCCAGCUACAGCAAGCAUGGCAGGGUAGAAUCUUUCCUCGAGAGGGGUACAUACUACUUGGCAGAGGUCGAUCGUCUUGCGAAGAACUUUGGUGCGCCUGGUGCCCAUGGCAGUACUUGCGAGACGGCAGAUUAUUUCAAUCUUGUCUACGUCAAGCCAGCGUGGACGCAGUAUUGGGACACCGUCACGUCUGAGGAGGCCAGUGUUGAGCAAAUAGUUGCCGAGUUCCCUCUCAAAGACUACUUCGUGAAUGCGCCUCAGCCCUUGUUCCCACCUGAGGCAAGCCGCGAACAGCUACUUGACGUUGCUCAAGGCUGUUACCGCCAUGUUGAGAAGAUAUUCGCAGAACUCGAGGACAUCCGUCCGUUUGAGAUCCUGCGAAGCCCUCGCGACAAGGCAAACUAUCUUCUUGUGAAGGAAGCACGCAUCAUCGCCAUGACCUCCACACACGCCGCCAUGCGGAGGCAGGAGAUAUCGUCGCUUGGUUUCCACUACGACAACGUGAUUAUGGAAGAAGCUGCGCAGAUUACGGAAAUCGAGAACUUCAUUCCGCUUGCCCUUCAGAACCCCAAGGACGGUGAGCUGCCUCUUCAGCGCAUUGUUCUUUGCGGUGAUCAUCUCCAGAACUCGCCCAUCAUCCAAAAUCUCGCGUUCAGACAAUACGCAAACCUCGAGCAGUCCCUCUUUCAGCGCCUCGUCCGACUCGGCGUGCCUACCAUCAUGCUCGACCAGCAGGGCCGUGCCCGCCCUUCCAUCGCGGAACUGUACAAGUGGCGCUACCCGGCUCUCACCAACCUGCCCACGGUCCUGUCUACGCCCGACUUUCAAAUCGCCAACGCAGGCUUCAAGCACGAGUACCAGUUCAUCAACGUGCCCGACUACAAGGGCCGCGGCGAAACCGAGCCAACACCGCACUGGAUCGUCAACCUGGGCGAGGCCGAGUACGCAGUCGCUCUGUUCAUGUACAUGCGCCUGCUCAACUACCCCGCGCAUAAAAUCACUAUCCUGACCACAUACGCCGGCCAGCGCGGCCUCAUCAACGAUAUCCUCAACUCUAAGUGCAGGGAUCACCCCUUCUUCGGCCGCCCCAAGAUGGUCGCUACCGUCGAUAAGUACCAGGGCGAGCAGAAUGACUUCAUCAUCCUCUCCCUUGUCCGCACAAAGUCCAUCGGCUACCUGCGCGACAUCCGCCGCCUGACUGUCGCGCUGUCCCGCGCCCGCCUGGGCCUGUACAUCCUGGGUCGCCGCAGCGUGUUCGAAGCUGUGUUCGAGCUGAAACCCGCCUUCGACGUGCUGUUUACGCGGCCCGACGAUCUGGCACUCGUCACGGGCGAGAUGCACGGUGAAACCGCACGGCCGGUGUGUACCGAUCCCGAUGCUGCGGUGCAGGGCGAGGCGGUCAUGCAGGGCUAUGAGCAUCUUGAGGAGUAUGUGCGAGGUAUUACCGCAGCGAAGAUCGAGGCGCUCAAGAAGGGCGGUGGCAGCCUGCCCACGAGGGAGGUGAGGAUGCUGGAUGGGGGCGAUGAGGAUGUGGAUCGCGAGGAGAUGGUACUCGUGCCUGAGGAGCAGGUGGAGGAUUUCGGGCCCGAUAGGGAUGAAGACGAGGAGUAGGUGUGCAGCGUCACAAAAGACAUUUCGCGGCGUUGGUGUGGCAAGUGGAUAUA